AUGAGAGACACAGAGGGUGCUCGGGUUCGUGCUGAAGUGUUUGAGGAUCUCACUGCAAGGGCGAUCGCCCUUUCUAGCUCUGCAACGGCGUGGGCACGUUUGCGUGAUGUUGAGUUGGAGGAGAAUCGAAAUAUGUGUGCUGAAUUGAAGGAGAGACGUAAGGUUGAGGAAGCUGAGACUUGUGCUCUUAUCGAAAUCCUACAAAAAGCUCUGUCCUCUGCCUCCGUUCUCGUUAAAACACGUGCGGAAUCUGAUGCGAAGAUUGAUGCGAAUUUGGCGGCGAAGCUUGAUCGUAUGCAGAAAAUAGCGGACUUUGAAGAGGAAGCGCUCACCCAAGCUUCCUCCGAUUUGAUUGGCUGCAUCGCCUCAGCCAAGGAGGCUCAGGCAGCUGCCGUCGCAAGCGUUGCCCCCGCUCUGGAUGAUUGUGCAGUGCACCUCUCUUCUUUGAGCAGCAGCAUUCAGGAUGCUGGAGCUGCACUGGACACUCUGGUGGAGUAUACCUCACAGGCCGCCAAUGAAUGCAUGUCGUCGGAUGGUGGCAUUGGCAAGAAGCUGGUUGAUCGAUCCGUCCAGUGGCAGGCUCUCGGUUCGGAAGUGAAGUCCCUCUAUGAUGGGAAAUCCACGGAAUUUUUCGUUUGCGCAGUGAAAGAUUCUAAAACCCGUCUGAACCAGAAUAAGCUGACUGUUGAAGAGUCUUUAGCCAAGGUGGAUGAUGCUGCUUCAGCUGUUAAUGCUUACAUCCCAGAAUUGGACAACAUAUCCACCGCUUUGGUUCCCCGUCUGCCUGUGCUGUUGUCUGAACACCUGUCGAAGACUGUUCGCAGCUACAAACCGACUGGUAUGACGCCGUUGCGAAAGGAUGUGCCCUAUCCCAAACAUUUGGCUCGAACUGCUCAGCACAGUCUGCUUUUGGCGGAGUUUAGAAAGGCGCAUGGUUUCCCUGCCCAUGAAAGUCCACUAAUGGAUGUAACAAACAGGGAUGCCCUCAGUGCUUCCUCGUGUCUCCUGCUAAAUCCUUCGUCAUCCUCUUCUCCUACAAUUGGUUGUGAAAUUGAAAAUGCAUAUGUGCGCAAAUCUGAUAGCCGCGGUAGCAGUGGACUGGGCACUCUUUCUCCCAAGUCGGGCGGUUUUCAGGUAAUUGACUCAUAA